AUGCACGCAGCCGCAACAACAGCGCCGGGCUACGGCAGAUGGAUGGGAAAGAAAAACAAAUUGUGCCGCCCGUUUCCAACUCGUCUCAUCAUACCCCAAAUAUGUCAUUGUUUAUCACACACACACACACACAGGGACAAUCUCGUGUCUGAAGAAGCAGCUGAGAGAGUGUGUCUUGGCGACAGAAAAAGGCCGAUCAUGAGCCACGUGGUCUCCAGACCGACGACCAAGCCUGGCACUCGUUCCGAGGACGGGUCUCGAGCUUACACACUCAUCGGCACGACUUUGCCCGUCAACAGAAGUCAAUUAAGUCAUCUCGACAGACCCGUCAAGCCUCAUCUCGACGGCAUGGUUACCAGCCUCAGAGGGCCACAGUGCCGGUUGCCAUGGUAA